UUUUAUCGUAUUCGAUUUUGCUCGUACUUGACUCGAGCAGUAAAGUGGGAAGCCAAGCAGCGUGGGUUUAGUAGUAGACACACUGAGCGGGAACAAGUAUAGCAGCAUCGUCAGUUUGCGCCGAGUCCUCAACGUGGGAGCAGUGCUCUGUUAAGUUAGUGCGUCCUUGUAAUAGAAAGGAACUUCUCUUUCUUUUUCUUUUUUUCUUUAUUUCGUUUUUUAUUCUCUCUAUUCUUACUUAUCAUUCGUCUUUUCCUUUUUAUUACGCGCGCGUUUUUUAUCCAAGAAUUUGUCGUCAUCCGUCUCGUUUUCGAAUUAUUCUUUUCGUUAAUCAUUAAUAACACGAAUAACGGAAAAGAACAAGCGAUAACGAACAAAACAAAUUCAAAUAUUCUAACAGUGUUUUAUUAAGAUACAAUUUGAAAAAGUGCGUACCAGUGUACGAGAUUAUAUAUAUUACAACCAAAAAUAAUUUCUUCUUCCAUCGUCAUCCUGUCACGAUCGAACGUUGUUCUCAGUCCAGUAAUGUCUCUGGAGGAUUCACGACGUUCUCAACGACCGUACAGAUACGGUAUGGUCCUUUUAUGCGUUGGAGCUUUGAUAAAUUGGCUAGGACUUGCGGAAAAUUAUGUCGAACCAGUACGAUACGUUGGAGUCGCUUGCAUAGUAGCAGGGGCACUUUUGAUUUGUGCAGCUAUGUGUUGCUGGUUACACGCGCCGCCAACUCGGACUAGCACGCACGCGCAACACGCGAAUCAUCCAAUCACGGCCCAGAUUGACGAUCCGAUUCACGUGAUCUCUAUCGAGGAACCGUCGAGUGGUGCAAGACAAAAGCCACCGGAUUAUGAGGCUGUAACUGAUGCGCCACCUAGUUAUGAUGAUGCUAUCAAACUGAAUCCUGGUCAUUUGAUCAGGCUAAGUACGAGUAGUACGGCAUCCUUACCCACAGAACAUACGAUACCGGGAACCGUUGAAUUGGUUCCCGGUGAAACAAUGCGAACACCGCCACCACCAUAUGCGAGGUGAAAGAUUUGAUGAAAUUUAUGGUGGUUACGGAAAAAAAAUGCGAGAGGGUUGCUGCGCGACGGCUGCAGCUUAGAAAGAGAGACGACCGAGGAAGUUCAACGAACGAGUCUUUUGAAAGUCUUCAUGAUAUGAAUGAUUAAGACACAUAUUUUAUCUGUGUUUUUUAUUGUCAAUUUUGGCGCAAAUUGUCGCAAAUGAUAAUUUUUCUAAGAAAAUAAUUGCGAUCUAGCGUGAAAAUGGACUAAAAAAUAAGUGUGAUUAUCCAAAGAAGAGAUAAAACGUAUGUUCCUUUCUCCGAAAAGAAAAAAAUAAAAUAAAACGGAUGUCGUCCAUUGUAAAGAUUAUCAUCUUUACGGACUGAUAAUGUACAAAUGUUGUAAUACGAACUGUUUUUGAUGGGUUGUUGUUGCGUCGGCAACGCUAACAACACAUUUCUAUCGAUUCCGUCACGAGAACGUGAUGGUAGAAAAAUUUUUUUAAUCUUUUUUAUUAGUUUUCGUUUUCUUUUUUUUUUGUUUCAAACUAUAAUUGUAAGAUUUAAAUAAAUUACGAGAAGAAUACACAUCCGCGGAGAAGUUAAUAAUUAUUUGUACGCAAUACAACUGCCAAUUUGUGAUAGCUAUUGUAUUUUGCCCGAAUACCUAUGAGCGAUUCUAUAAAAAAAAAAAAAAUUUAUAAUGCUGUACUUUUGUAUUUUAAAUAACGUCGUUGUAUUUCGUUAAGGAUUAUCAUAAAUGGUGUGCAAUGUAUUAAUUACAUCGCGAGAAAUGAAACGUCGUCAUAUAGUCGUCUCUCUUACUUUAAAAGUCAUGUAUGUGUGUGAGACCAAUAAUUGUAAAUUAUUUAAUUUCGUUCAAAGAAUCCGUGUUGCUUUGUUCGUGAACGAACGAAGAAAAAAUAUCGUGGAUUAUAAUUAAGUUCAUAUUUUCUUUUUUUUUUUUCUGAUAAGAAAAAGGAAUAAUAGACUGCAGUGCGAAUAAUUUUUAUACUUUUUGAUGAUACUUAUAGAGAAAUCACGUUAAUAAUGCUCUCAAUUGUUAUGUACCAUCAAAUAUUGUAUAUUUAUUAAUGGUAGCGAAUCCUUGCGUUUGGAAAAAACGAUUCAUAAAUCUAAUAUUAAUGUUCCUACUUGUUUUGUUUUUUAUGAUGAAACGUUUUUUAAGAUCUUUUUUUUUUUUUUCUUUUUUAUACAAUUUUCAUCUCAUUAUUGAGAGCAUAAUAAGUAAAAAUUAUUCGUACGCUUAUUAUUUGUGAAAGCUAUCAGAUCAUCGCAUGCGUUGUUGAGUAUCACUUUUCAUCGGCUCUGCAAAAUAAAAUCUUUUUUAUAACGGAAAAAUAUAAAUAA